GGUCGGGGGCGGGGACAGCGGAGCUUUGCCCCUGCAGCUGCCGCACAGCUGGAUGCGGCCAGGGGCGGUCACAGCGCAGCUCUGCAGCCAUACGUGCUCCCCGCGCCUUCGUCCUGCAGCCCGUCCGGCUGCUCACCAGCCCCCUGCCCGAGAGCGACGGUUUACAGAGAUGAUGUCGAUGGAUGUAGCAGACAGCACUCAAGUCUAUGCUGCUUUCUUGGUUUACUUGGACCUCUUAGAAGGGAGAAAUUGGCCAGAGGUGACAUGCUUUGGAUUAGCAGAGUUGCAGCUAGUAUAUCUCCAGGGACGCGAGAGAGAAACUGAGAGCUUCCAAGUGGUGGUGCCCACACCUGUCCACAUGUCAUUCAGCCAUGAGAGGAUAAGAGAGAUCAUGAAGAAAGCAUGUGCUCAGCUAGAUAAACCAGAUUCACCACUGUCUGUCAUCCUGGCCAUAGUUGAAUCGGAUUCCACAAUAGUGUAUUAUAAACUGACUGAUGGUUUCAUAAUGCCAGACCCUCCUGAUGAUACUGAAGACAAGGACAAUAAACAGUGGAGAAAGAAAAGAAAGAAGCUUUUCAAAUGAUUAAGACAGAAAUGAACUGUUUCUUGGACCAUUAUUUUCCAAUCUAAACAAAUAUAAGUUUCUGAACAUGUAAAUGAGAGAGCACUAUUGAAUUCACCAUCUGCAUUACAAAUCUUCACUUGCUGAGGAGAGAAGUAAGGUUUCUGCAGCAUAUGCUGUUAUAAAAUGGUAUUUAAAAUGUUUCAGGAGCCAGUAUUUUAAAGAGGACAGCUUAUUCUUCUCAAAUAACCUUUUUUGGGAGAAGCCAAAGUUUCUAAACAUUGUUUCCUCAUAUAUAUUUGCUUGCGGUAAUGUAAAAAGUAGAUAUGGUAAAAUAUACAGUAUAAGUUUUAAAGAUAAAUCUUGAACCAAAAAAAAGUAACCUGUUUAGAGUGAACAGUUACUUUAAAAACAAAAUACUCAGCUAUGUAUCCGUUUGUCUUUAAGUUACCAAGAACGUUUAAUUAUAUUGGACCUACUUUUUGUACACUGCUCAACUUCUUAGGUCCUUGCUACUGUAUCUGGAGCAAAACAGAAUUAAAGGCAAGUGUAACUAUUAAACCGCAGAUCACAUCUUUCUUUAAACCUUUUUUAUGUUCUGUUCUUGCAACUCCUGGAUCUGAGGGCGGCCAGCUGCUAAAGUGUAAUUUAUACAAACAAAAGUAUGUGUCCAGGGACUGUGGUAUAAUUGACCAAGUACAGUUUUGAUACUAUCCACGUAGCUGGAAACACCCUGCUAAAAGCAGGAUUCAAUAGCAUGGAUAUAGGGAUAUCUUGUCCCAGACAUACAGCCACAUAGGACCUUUUGUUACGAGAGGAUCAAUGUCUGGUUGAAUGAAUCUUGUGCUCCAUGUUUCAACUUCUUUAUCUAUAAAAAAGACUUAGCCAGUUAACUUUGAUAUCCGUGUUACUUUUUAAAGUCUUGUUGAAGAUGAAAACAAUACUUUCCUUUGAUAACCCAGAAACCAAUAACUGGCAGACCAGCAAACUGUGGAACGUAGGAAAACUUCUCUGAUCUCUGCAUGGGGCAGAUUAUUUUUAGUAUAACUGAACCUUUAGCUCCCUAGGGGAAGGACCAUGUAUUCCCCCCUUGAGUUUGGUGCUGUACAAAAUACACAGGCCUGAAUCCUGGCUUUAAUCCAUAUCUCCCUCCAGUUUUGCCUUUUCUGGUUAAGGUAAUUGCUGAACAGUGCUUUACCUAGAUGUAGACUAAGGGAAACAAAGUUGAAGUUGUUUGCACUACCUUCUCUGGGAAGUUUUCUAUACCUACACACAGUAAGUUUUUAUAUUUAACCUUACCUGGGAAUUCUAGUGCCAUAGCUCUGAAAUGUUUUGUACACUACACCUAGAAAUUCUGCAACAAUUCUACUGUGGCCAGAGACCACCCAUGAAAAAUUUGAAGUGCAAGAACAUUUUCUCUUGAGUGGGAGAGGAUCCAAGACCAGGCUGGCAACAGAAAGCUAAUUAAACCAUAGUCUUCACAAGAUGGAUGACUGGAAAUACAUGGUGACUUUCUGGUUAUAACAUUUUGAGCGUGGCUUUCUCUAGGGGGAAAGCAUGGUUUAACAGGAAGAGCACAGGACACUAACAGCACCAGUGUUUGUAACAUUUUCUUUGCCAGGGACUUCCUAUGUAACCUUGGAUAAUGUACUUAAGUCCCCAAUUCAGUAAAGUGCAAACAUGUACACAAGCCCUAUUGAAGUCUGUGGGACUGUAUGCAAGUCCUGUUGAAGUCUGUGGGACUAAAUUGACUAAAGCACACAAUUCCUUUUCUAAAAAUUGAUUUAUACACUGGCAUUAGUAUUUUGCAUCUCUAUUUCCUCAUCUGUCAAAUGUAGCUAGAAAUACCUGCCUAUCUAAGCAACCUGUAUCUUAGAAUUUCACAGUCUUCAAAGUAAUCUUUGGCUUUAACUGGAAAGACUGGAAAUAAGUAUUUGUUGAUGUCCCCCUCCUAUUUGUAGUAUUAUUGAAGUUUCUCAGGCCUGAUUCUCAUGUAGUGGAAAUGCAUUCAGUUCUGUUGACACCAAAACUUUACUAGUUUACAUCCAGCUUCCAGGUAUAUGUAGCCACCAUCUUAAGGUUUUGUUUCUCUGCUAUUAACCUUCUACCUAUUUUAAACUGAAUCUGGAUGAUGGACUGGGAUCAUGUUGGCAAGUGCCCUAAUCUUUUUUGGGUAGCAGACCAAAACACAAAGCACUGUAGGGAUUAUAGGAUGUGUUGUGUUUUUUCAAGUUUUGACUCAAAAUGGUUAGUAUUACAAAAUCAUGUGUCACAUGCAGCAUGUAGGAUUCCAUUUGUAUGGGAUUUGGUCACGGAGAAAUGGAAAGAAUUUGGAAGAAUUAUCUCUUUCUAAACUUGCUCUGCUCAUGGAGAAAAAAGCAAUUGUUUUUGGUCUGAAGCCAUGAUGCAUUAAAAUGUAGCUCUGUAUUGAUUUCUGACUUGCUGUACCCAUAUUUCAUAUACUGUUUAGUCCAUAAAGUAAAUCUCACACUUCACUUGGCUACAUACCACCAGCUAAAUUGUCCUUGUAUAAGCAGUUAAAUUCGAGUGUGGGUAUGUACUGGAAAAAGUUCUGUUUUUUUGUGUAAAGAAGUUGUGACAUACUCUAUAUAAUGCUGAAUUUAUACUUGUACUGCAGCUGCCAGUUCUUGCCUUUUUCUUGCUUUCAGAGAAAUUAUUGUAGUUUGUAGUUUGCUGCAAAACUAACACUCUAGUUUGACUUUCUGCCUAUAGCUAAAAACAA